CAAGCAUGGUUUGACAGUUGGGAAAUCUGUCAACAGCUGUGCAAUGAUUUUUAUUUGUUUUCUUCCCAUUCCUUUCGGAGAAUAAAUUCGUAAACAUUGCACGGCAGGCAGCAAAAGUCGCACGGCAUUUGUUGACGUGUCUCUGGUACGCACCACACUUCCCGAGCAUGCGCUGAAGUUGUGUUCCUCGGCAACCUGUUUGGCCUGUGGGCAAAGUUAGAAAACCGAUCCCGAAUCACCAUGGAGCGUAUUAGUAGCAGCAGCAGCAACCAACACUAGAGAGUGACGAUCACACCCCUUUGGCCAGCUAGUCAUAACGAGUCAAACGAGGACUUUCUCUGCCUAUUUUGGAACACAACCUACCAAUGCUGCAACAAUGCUACCUCCGGCCUCCGAACCGAAGAUGAUAUUUCGCGUGUUUAGCUUUUUCUACUUCCUCUCGAGACCGCUGCUCAAGUGGUUCCUGCACCGGUUCACCAACCUUUGCGAGCUGCAGCGCAUCUGCUACGGCUGUCCACCGGGUGCAACGCGCACCAAGAAGGUACAAACGUCGCUGGAACUGUCCCGGCGACUGCCCAUCAAAAAGUUGCUCCACAUCCUGAACGAGCUGGUGAGCAACGAUGUGGAGGAAACGUUUCUACGGCGUGAGAUACAAACGCGUGCCAUCGGUACGGUGCUGCAGGUGAAGAAAAUCAACCCGAAGGUGCACAUCGAUUUCCCACGAUCGUUCGGCUCGUGUGCGGAAAAGAUAUGGGGCUACAAGCGGCUGUACUUUAUGGUGGAAAAGUUGCGCGCCACACAGUACGACAGCGAGGAACCGGAGCACGAGGCUAAGCUGUUGCUGCUGUGGAAGCUGCUGGUGGGGGAUGAGAUGCAGCUGACCGGGCGCAUUACCGACCAGUGGCAGCACAUCGGAUUUCAGGGUGACGAUCCUUCCACGGACUUCCGCGGCAUGGGUGUUCUCGGGCUGGACAAUCUGCUGUUUCUGGCACAAAACUAUAACGGCACCGCGCGGCAUCUGCUGUCCCAUUCGCACCAUCCAAAGCACGGCUACUUUUUCGCGAUCGUUGGCAUCAACCUAACGUCGAUGGCGUACCACCUGCUAAAGUCCGGUUCUGCCCGGACACACUUUUACAACCACCCGCAGCAUCAUCUGACGGUGGACACGUUCCACCAGUUUUACUGCUAUCUGUUCUACGAGUUCGACCGGUACUGGGUCGAGUGUAAGCCAAAGAACAUCAUGGACUUUAACCACAUCCAGCGACGGUUCGAGGAGAACGUGCUGCAGCUGCUCGCCAACGAUGCGUGCUGUUUCAAGAUGAACCUUUCGGUGGAGGACGUUUAACGGUUGCUCCCCGAUUUUUUUCCCGGCCCCACUUUUUUGCUCCCUCUUUCGAUAUGGCUUUGCCGUGUGUUUUUGCCCGUUUUUGUAUCGAAUUAUUGUUGCCUUCUUCGUCUGUUUGGUUGGAUUGUGAUACCGAGUGUUUUGCGCACAACACACACACGCGCCAGGGUGGUUUGCCGGAUAUGUUGAUCAGGAUAUAGGUUGAUUGAGGAUGAGGCUACUGUAAGUCACACAUACAUACACCGCAAGUGCAAUCUAGUGAGAGAAUAAAGUCAAGCUUUUUUAGGAAUAUCUAAUACCAAA